AUGAUUACCAGAAAAAGAAUACAAAGUCAUUAAUUACCUCGCAUCAAUAAAGUUAAUCGAUCAAAUACCUUUGAACAUCAUGACUCUUUCAAAAGAAAUAAUAGUUGUUUCAUACUCUAACUCACUAAAAGAUCAUAAUUAUUAAUGUCUUUUAUUAAGGAUCCAAAAUAUGAACAACUAACAUCAUUAUUUAAUAUUCCCGUAACUCACUAUAAUUAAGUAGGAUGAUACAGAUUUAUAUGAAAUUCAGACAAAUAUCUAUUUAGAAUAUAUAGCCAUCAUUCUAUACUAUCUAAUUAAACAUGAUUUAACAGUUUCUUUGCUCUACAAUUACAAAUAGAAGUUUAUUAAAACCAUUAUAAUGCAUCAUCAAAUUUGGAUGAAAUUUAUCAAACUUUAAGAAGAACCAUUUCAGAAACUUCUAUAAAUCUAGUCCACUUUAGAUUAAAUUUCAUUCAUUAUCGUUUAAUAGUAUACUAUUAUCAAUUAAUUUUCAGUCACAUUGACCAUUCCCAUCUCAGAAUUCAGUUACUUGAAUAUUUUAGACUAUUGAAAUAGCAUCAAAGUAACUUUUCAAUAAUUUCCAAAAUCAUUAUAAACAAAAUACUUCCCAUUUUACAAACACAAAAUUUAGUUUGCUAUCAUCUAUCUAUCAAUUCUGAGGCUUACACACUUGUCUUGGAUAUGGAUGAAACUUUAAUUUAUUAUGAUGGUGAAAAGGUAUAUUAGCGUCCAUUCUUAAUAACUUUUUUAAAAUAAAUGAGCAGAAUCUAUGAAUUGAUACUUUUUACAGCAGGAUUAGAAUCUUAUGCAAAUAGAAUUCUGAGUAAACUUACAAUAAAAUAAUACUUUUCCUAUUUUCUUUUUAGAUAGCACACGAAUAUUUAUAAGGAUUUUUAUGGAAAAGAUUUAAGAAAAUUAGGAAGACUUUUAUCAAAAACCAUUAUAAUAGAUAAUACUCCUGAAUGUUUUAGUUUGUAACCAGAAAAUGGAAUUCAGAUUUAAACAUGGAAAGGAGAUCUCUCAGAUACGAUUCUUUUAAUCUUAAUUCCAAUAUUGAAAGCUAUAAGAUUUAGUAAUAAAGACAUAAGAAUUAAAUUAAGAGAAUUUAAGAAUUAUCCUGGCUUAAUUUUCCCUAAAUGA